AUGGAAGAUAUGAUUCGAGAAGUUGAAACAAUUGAUGGUGAUUCUGUGUCAUUGCAAAAACGACUUAAUAAAUGUGAAAAUGAGAUGGAAAAUCUGGAAAUGGAGACCUAUGUGUGUGAAGAUGUGGUUGAGAAGGAGAUCCAAGAAUGCAAAAUGCAGCUCGGAGCAUGA